CGCAACCCUUACGAAAAGAAAUAUCGGAAGCGUGUCUGUCAUUUAAUUGCCUGUCAUUUUCUGGCGAUCGUGAAAAAAUGACACAAAAAAAAAUAACGCGUAUUGCACUUCCUUUUGCGCAAAACAACUCUAUUAUUUUUGCAUAAUUUCACAUAUUUUCGAGCAAUUUAUUAGUGUUUUGAGCAAAAGUGAAUAUAUUUGAUGAAAGUAGUCGUGAAGUGAGAGAAGUGGAGUGGAAUAUUUUGGUUCAAGUGUUAACAGGAAGAGUAGAUUCUCAGUUUCGACAAUCACAAAAAGUGUCUAUAAUGAUAAUAAUAUUAUUUUAAACUGUACUCCAUCGACGUAUAAAUGUUGCGAGAAGUUUUAUUAGUUUGUAUUGGAAUUUGGGUCGUCAGACCCACUAAUGCUGAAAGUAAUGAUUAUUCUGUUUGUGGCGCUGAGGAAUGUCAAACACUGGCAAAGUAUAUCCUAAGUGGAAUGAACAAAUCGGUUGAUCCUUGUGAUGAUUUUCAUGGGUAUGUGUGUGGAUCAUGGUCCACAAAUUAUCCAAUUCCUGCAGAUUGGUACGCAUGGAGUUUGGGGGAAAUGACUCGACAAAAAAUUCGUAUGUUUUUAAAAG